CACCCUACCCACCCCAUCUCUCUCUCUCUCUCAAAAUCCCUCUCUUUCUGAACCAAGCGAACAUUUCGUCCCCCUAUCUUUGAGUAUUAUCUAUCAAAAACUAUCGAACACCUUCCCAUUCCUUCUCUCCCAUAAACACACAAUGGCUGACAGAGUCUACCCUGCAGCCAAACCCCCCACCGACGCCGUUCCCACCGCCACAAACCCCGCCUUCCCCGCCACAAAGGCCCAACUCUACAGCAACACGCGCCCAGCCUACCGUCCCCAACCACACCACCGCCGCCGCAGCCGCAGCCGCUGCUGCUCCUGCUGCCUCUGGAUCAUCUUCAUCAUCCUCCUCCAACUUGUCAUUGCGGCCAUCUUUGGCGCAGUCUUCUACGUCCUUUACCGCCCUCACCGCCCCACCUUCUCCGUCACCGCCCUCAAACUCCAAACCCUAAACAUCACCACCAACAACCAGCUCACCUCCAGCUUCAACCUCAACAUCACUGCUCGAAACCCUAACAAGAAACUCGUCUUCUUCUACAACCCCAUCGCUGUCUCCAUCUAUUCUAACGACGUAGAUGUCGCCGACGGAGUCAUUCCCGCCUUCGUGCAUGGGAAGAAGAACACGACGCUGCUGAAGGCUAAAAUUUCUAGCAGCGGCAAAGACCUCGAUAGCAGCGAAGUGAGCACUUUGAAGGCUGAAAUGAAGAGCAAAAACGGGCUGCCGUUGAGGAUGAGGUUGGACACCAGGGUAAGAGUGAAGGUUUUCGGGUUAAAGACUCCGAAAAUGGGGAUUAGGGUUAAGUGUGACGGGAUUAGGGUCACUUCUCUUCCUACUGCUAAAGCUCCUGCCACUGCGUCUACCUCCAACGCCAAGUGUAAGGUUAAUCUUCGAGUCAAGAUCUGGAAAUGGACUGUGUGAGGGGAAAGUGGUUAAUUGAAAAAUUAAAGAAAGAAAAAGGAAAAGAGUUCCAUAUGUGCGACAAACAUGUCAUGGCUCAUGAUCCAUCAUGUAUCCCUUAACCAUUAACUGUAAACACUUGAGCACUUGCGGCUGAAGCUUUGGCUAUUUUGCGGGUAUGUCAGUUGGCUACGGAUUUGGGCUACCAGUGUCUCAUCAUUGAAUCUGAUUCGCAGGCGUUGAUUUCCUCUUUAUCAUCUUUCUUGGAAGCUGGCAGCUGGGAGACUGACCCUACUUUAACCGUCGCUAAACGGCUUGGGGAGGUCUUUCAGGAUUGUCGUUGGUCUUGGAUUUCAAGAUUAACCAAUAUGGUGGUGCAUUCCUUAGCGUCGUGUAGUUGUACAGAGAUGUGCGAUCUCGUUUGGGUCAGCAGGGCCCCAUUUUCGUUGGUUCAUGUUCUCAACAAAGACGGCUUACCUUGUUCCCAUUGAUUUUUUAGUUAGUUGUCGGGGUGACACUCGAACUUGGUUCGAUUGUCUUUACUCUUAACCCCUCACUACUUUGCGUUUGUUGCUAUCUAGUGUGUUGGUGUCUUUGGAGGCUUUCUUUGUACUUUCUUUGGCUUGUUCGCCCUGGUUAUACAUUUCUAGUUUCCAAAAAAAAAACCCUACUACUCAGUUGAGCACAAGAUAUUGUUUUAAAA